UCCGCCCAAACACGCCACCGUAGACAGAAUAUCUAACGCAUCCGUGUUACCGUAGUUUGGCACGCGCAUUUACGCUCGAUGCUGAGGCCAAAUCUGCGCUCGCGCACGAAAUCCAUUUAGAGUCCGGUAGUAGAGAGGCAGGGCCUGGUAGUCGGUACUCUUCCCCCCUCAGCCCGACAAUACGCACGGUCAAAACCUCGCAGAGACGUUGCACCGUGCUGAGAGCGGCGGGCGAUCCCUCGGUGACACACUCUUGACAGAGCCGGAGAGGUUUGGAGAGGAAGAAUGGCGGAUUCGAGCUGCACCGCAGCGGUCGGGGCCGCGGGCUCCAACAGCGCUUCUGCCGCCGGGGCGGCUUGCACUGUUGCGCACGACGGAGCGCCCGGAGCCGCGGGGACCAAGACCCCGUCCGAGUCCGUGAAGGGCCAGCUAUUCGACGUGGGGCCCCGCUACACGAACCUGUCCUACAUCGGAGAGGGGGCGUACGGAAUGGUGUGCUCUGCCUCGGACAAUGUGACAAGCUCACGCGUCGCCAUCAAGAAAAUCAGCCCCUUUGAGCACCAGACAUACUGCCAACGCACCCUGAGGGAAAUCAAGAUCCUACUGCGUUUCCACCAUGAGAAUAUCAUCGGCAUCAACGACAUUCUCAGGGCACGGCACAUUGACAACAUGAGGGAUGUCUACAUCGUGCAGACUCUGAUGGAGACGGACCUGUACAAGCUGCUGAAGAGCCAGAGGCUGAGCAACGACCACGUCUGCUACUUCCUCUACCAGAUCCUGCGAGGCCUGAAGUACAUUCACUCGGCCAACGUGUUGCACCGUGACCUCAAGCCCUCCAACCUGCUCAUCAACACCACCUGCGACCUCAAGAUCUGUGACUUUGGCCUGGCAAGGAUAGCCGACCCUGAGCACGACCACACAGGGUUUUUGACCGAGUACGUGGCCACGCGUUGGUACAGGGCUCCAGAAAUCAUGCUCAACUCAAAGGGCUACUCCAAGUCCAUCGACAUCUGGUCAGUGGGCUGCAUCCUGGCCGAGAUGUUGUCCAACAAGCCGAUCUUCCCCGGGAAACACUACUUGGACCAGCUCAACCACAUACUGGGCAUCCUUGGCUCUCCAUCUCAAGAAGAUCUGAACUGCAUCAUCAACAUGAAGGCAAGGAACUAUCUGCAGUCCCUGCCCGAAAAAACCAAGAUCCCUUGGGAAAAGCUCUUCUUCAAGGCCGACUCGAAAGCUUUGGACCUGCUGGGCCGCAUGUUGACCUUUAACCCCAUCAAGCGCAUCAGCGUUGAAGAGGCCCUGGCUCAUCCUUACCUGGAGCAGUACUAUGAUCCCACAGAUGAGCCAGUAGCAGAGGAGCCCUUCACUUUCUCCAUGGAGCUGGACGACCUUCCCAAGGAGAAGCUGAAGGAACUGAUCUAUGAGGAAACGGCUCGUUUCCAGGAAACCUACCAGGGCACAUGAGACAUACGGCCCUAACGCGUGACAAAGCCAUGCAGAGGCUCGGAACAAGAAGACUCCAAACGACAUGCUAAAAAAACAAAAAGAAAAACGAAUCUUCAAGAAACCAACAAAAAGAGAAAACGCGAAAUAUGAACAUUUAACUGCUUAUCUUUCCAUUUCUACUGCAAGAGAGAGCUAAGUUUAACUUUGAUUUUUGUGGUUGGGUGGGGUGGUAGGGUCUGUCGUACUCGUACUGUUAUAGUUUUUUCCAUGUUGGACUCUCCAUCCUCUCGCCUCCAUAUUUGUUUUUCGUGUUUUUCUGUCAAAUCCCCCCCGUCCCACCCCCCCCGUCCCAUCUGCAGUUACUCACUGCCCCCUCUCCCCUGCUCAUCGAUCCCCUCUUUCUUGUUCAUCUCUCCUGCACCUAUCGCUCAUCUAUCUUUCCUCUCUGACGCUCCCUCUCAUAUAAACACAUACUACUGUAUUAACCAACACCGUAACUCUCUCGUCUCGGCUCCAUGUAAAUUACAACCUGAGAAAAAAAACGAGGGCUAAAAGAACGGAAAUGCUAAUCGGGUGUGUAUGUAUAUACAAAAAUAUAAAACCUCUUUUUUUUCCUUUUUUUAGAUUGGUUUUGUGUGUGUGUGCUUGUCGCAGUUUUCGUUUGUACCAUUGUUUGUGUUUUUUCGGAUCAGUUCAGAGUCUCGUUUGUAUGUUUAUAUUUGCAAGUCAUUUUUGAACACUUGAUUUUGAGACAAGCAUUUGGUGUUUUUAUUGGCAUGUUAGCAGGUUUUUGUUUAUGGUUUCAGAAAAAAGAACUCUGUAUGAUGUUGAUAUGAAUGCAUGCAUUCCUGAAAUUUACCAAAGUGGCAGAGAGAUGUGAGGAACUUGGCUUGGGAGCAACUAAAGAAUAUAAUUUUCUUUUUUCUUUUUUUACUCAAUGACAUCUCUUGACCUACAACUCGUAUCAAGGGCAGACAAACUGAUCUGAACAGUUAUUUUCAGGAGGCUCUACGUGUUUCGGGACGAAUCGGUUCGAAGCAAAGCGCAUUUAAAACGGUUUUCUAAAUCGCGUUUAUAUUCAGAUAUUGCGAAUGUGAUGCCUAAGCCCCAUUUUUCCAGAACAUUAAUGGCGCACUGUGCCAUGUCAAAACAAUUUAGUUUGGUUCUUACAGCAAUCCUGCAAAUAGCCCCCAAAUUGUCGCCGUGUUGUCAGAAUCAGAGGCUUAAAAACACCAAAGCUGCAGUGAUCAGUACCGACCUGAGACACUGGUAUAACGUUACUGGAUUCUCUACAUUCGGCCUCGUCACAUCACUUGUCCAUUACAUACCACCGACAUCAAACGGCUGAUCCAGUGUCAGUAUUACAUUCCUAUAUGAAAUUACAUUCCGAAACCAACGCACAGCAGCUGGCUGGUGAACUACUUGUGUCAUAGCGCUGUUGAAGCCCUCUGUUGUGUCUCGGCUUCUCUUACUCCUAGUUUUCACUCAAUCCUACAUGUCCAAAACCUUUUUUAGGGAAUAGCCUAUCUGGAAAAUGGGGGGGGGGGUGUGGUUGACUUUAGCAUUUCCAUUGAGCAUUGCUGUUUUUGGACAGCGUCCCUGUCUGCUGUCGCCUGAUCCAGGACAACCACAUGGUGUGAGACGUGCACGCAGGCUGCAACCUAGCUGACGAUGAAGGCGCCAACCUGAACGACUUAUUCAUUCAAGCGGCCCCGCUUGAAUGCGGUCAAUUUUCAGCAGGCUUUUUUCGAUAAAGGUUAUUUGGGCCUAUGUACCUUUUUCACAGCAGAUGUUUUUGACUUGUCAAAGAAGGAAAAGCACACGUGAGAUCAUCAAUUCAGUCCCAGUAAAUCACGCCACUGAGCCUGCACACACGCACACACACACACAGUAACAGGGCCCUGAACCUCACUCAUCUGAAUGGAAAGCCCUCAUUAUUAAUGUUAACUGCUGUGGCGCGCCGUAACGACUGUUGACUGCGAGUGUUGAAUUUAACUGGCCCCUGCUCUUUGGACUCUGUCGCUGCAGCUUAGCUUUCCUCCGUUGUGUCCAAAAAGGGGCUCCUACCUUAGGGCGACCAAGGAAACUGCAUGUUACUGAUUAAUCAACAGCAAAACAGUUCAGCCCAGGAAUGUCCUAGAAGAGUGAAUAUAGUUUUUCCUGCUCUGUGCAAAGCCAAGCGACUUCUGCGUGUGGUUUUCUUUUUGUGCUCCUGUUCCGUCCUCCCUUACCCUGUGUGUGUGCGUUUGUCCUGACCACCUGUUAACACACAGGAUGUCUUUUCUCUAAAUGUGGGUGAUGGUCUCUGUUUCUCAUAGAUCUAUGUUCAUGUUUCCUCGUGCACAUGAUGUCCUUUUUCUGUGUUCGUUGUUCCCAUCAGUUGUCAGUGUCUGCUCGCUGCUCUCUACUUGCUGCUCGGGGGGAAGCGCCACCCACGGGGUCCACCUCGGCCACCAGCUCGGCCUGCAGUCAUUUUCACCCGUUGCGCCGGGACCAGUUUAAAGACCCAGAACCUGCAGCGCUCGCUGGCCUCGCUCUCUCGCAGUAAAAACCAUCGGCCUGUUUGACAUCGUAGGCUGUUCUUUCAGAAGCCAUAGCCAGCACUCUGGGAUCUUUUCGAGGCUUCAUUGGUGCAUGUGGUGAAGCCCAAUCUUUUGUCCACCCUCCCAGAUCUCACCAUGCUUUACUACAAAAGAGAAAAACAACAAAAAGAAAGAGGAAAAAGGGCUGCCUCCUCGUCCUCCUCCCCUCCUGUUUUUAUGUACUCACCCUUUUCUGCUUUUUCUACUGUGGGACUGGUGAAGACCUCCUAACCCACAUCGCUGACUUUGCUGUUGCUUUCCUCAGAAAAUCACCCCCCACCGUCUCACCUGAAUCCUAGAUCAUGGCCGGUCAUACAAGCAGGAAAACUUUCUCCAAUCACAUGACUCAAUCAGCACGCCGACACUUUGUCUUGCCAGCCACGCUCUGUCCUCUUCAAGGUUGUUGUUGUUUUGGACGGUCCUUCUCUCCCUGUCUCGUAUCCUGCUCAUCCGGCUUUAAGUUUCACGUGUGUGUGUGUGUGUGUGUGUGUGUGUGUGUGUGUGUGUGUGUGUGUGUGUGUGUGUGUGUGUGUGUGUGUGUGUGUGUGUGUGUGUGUGUGUGUGUGUGUGUGUGUGUGUGUGUGUGUGUGUGUGUGUGUGUGUGUGUGUGUGUGUGUGUGUACCCGCUCAUCAGUAACAUAAAGCCACGGCUCUUUUUGUGUUGUGUUUGUUGUGUGUAUUUUUUCCACACAGCUUGGACCCUGGUCCUGCAGUUACCUUUUGCUUUUAUAUCUGUGUGACAGUUUUUCUUUUUUUUCACAAAAAACAGUCACACAGAUAUUUUCCAUGUAUUUCCUUUUGUAGAGUCGGUCACCAGUCAAACAGGCCCUGCUUGCAUUGUGUUUUUCUUUUUUCCUCCAACCUGCCACCAGACCAGACAUCUCACUGGGUAACUAUAGGAAUGAACCAAGAGGACCACGUUUGGCAAAUCGCACAUGUCCUCUCUCUCUCGACGAGGAGUGUGUCUGUGUGAAAAGUUGCACUUGAACACACCACAUACAUUCACACAGUACCACCAAGACUGAAGGCCUGUUUGUCAUGAGGCCUGUUAUCAGAUAUUGUUGUUUUUAAAUGGCUGUUCUUAUUAUUGCUAUUGUUGUUAUACUGGUGAAUUGUUGUAUUUUUUUCUUUCUUUCGUUUUCUACAUAAAAGGGAGUUAAAGUUGUAUCUUUUUUUUUUUUAAUUAUUAGGAUGUUUUUAUUUGUAUUUCUUCCUCCUAAUUUCUCUUAUGGGCGUGAUUAUUAUUGGCAGUGUUUUCAAUCUUUCUGAAACUUGGGGGGGAUUUUUUGUUUGUUUUUUGUUUUUGUUUUUUAUUUCCUCCAAGAUAUUACAAGAAAUUAUUUUAAAAGAAGAUUUAAGUAGAUUGUCAAAGAGAUAUGAGUUGUUGAGGGUUAUAGUCUGUAUAUUCUAUGGGUAUUAUGAAUUAAACAAUUAACAAAGAAACAGAAUUAUAUACAUAUAAUUAAAUAAAAUUUCCUGAUACUGUUGCAA